AUGGAGAAUAUCCGUCCUAUGCCCGGCUCCGACGAAGCUCUCCGUCGGCGACGACAGCAGCAGCAGCAACAGGCACCCCCCACCAAACGGCCCCUCACCGACACCACCAACUUUCCCGUGAAACGCAUGAACAACGGCCAGAAGAUGCUGGACGUGGCGCCAGACUGGGGCGGCAAUGAGAUUACGUCCUCGCCUUCGCUGACGGGAGGUAUGGCUGCUGCGUUGACGCAGAUGCCGCCACCGAUGUCGACGCUGGCGGGAUACAGGGACACAGCGAAUCCGUUGUCGCUGUCGAAUCCGAUGUGGGGGUUGAAGAGGGAGGUUGUUCUCGGCUUUGGGGCCUGCGGGAUUGCAACCAUGUAUCCGUGGCAACUGGCGUGUCUGUCGUUGGCGGGAUUGCUGGCGGGUGAGAAGAACCUGGUAUAUACGGCGCCGACAUCGGCGGGGAAGUCACUCGUUGCGGACGUAUUAAUGAUCAGGAAGGUGGUGAUUGAGCGAAAGAAGGCCAUUGUGGUCGUGCCGUACAUUGCAAUCGUCCAAGAGAAGACAAAAUUCCUCAAGAAGGUAUUGGAGAAGGUAAAGGUGCAGGCUGAGCCGCGAGGCGACUGGGAUAAGACCAGGCACUGGAGGGGAUUGAAUAUUGUUGGUUUCCAUUCUGGCACCAGGUCCAGGCUAGGUUGGGAGGAGAUUGAUGUGGCCGUGUGUACGAUCGAGAAGGCCAACGCUCUCGUCAACGCCUCCAUCGAAUCUCGCACCAUCGACACGCUCGGUAUCAUCGUCUUUGACGAGCUGCACAUGCUCUCAGACUCGCACCGCGGCCAUAUCCUUGAGCUCCUCGCCACUAAGAUUCUCUGUCUCAACGACGAGCACAUACAGAUUGUCGGCAUGUCCGCAACGCUGUCCAACACCUCUGUCGUCGCCAAAUGGCUGCAAGCCGAGUGCUACGAGUGCACAUACCGCCCCAUCCCGCUGCAGGAGCAUCUGGUCUAUGACAACAGCAUCUACAAUGCGGAGAUGGAGCUGACAGCGCAUAUCCCGCCAUCAGAGCUCAAGGAGCUGAAGGACCCGGUGACCAAUGCGGUCGUGGCACUGGCGUAUGCGUGUGUCAAGGAGGGGAAUGGCGUACUGGUGUUUUGUGAGAGUAGGAAGAGGUGUGAGGAUUUGGCGCAGCUGCUAAUGAAGUUCAUGCCGCGCCCCAAUGCAGAGACGAGAGGGAGGCGGUCGGAGGUUAUUAAUGAUCUGGAGGCUACCAGCGCUGGGCUGGAUUUUGUGCUGAAGAAGAUUGUCCCCUCCGGCGUUGCUUUUCACCAUGCUGGCGAGUCUUAA